AUGCAAAAAGAUCGAUUGCGCACAAAAGCUCUCGACCAAAAAUGCAAAGUAUUGGAAGAGGAGAACGAGAAACUUAUGGAGAAAGUGUGCGAGUUUGAAAUGCGUGAACGUGACGAGGCCGACAUGACUGAGACGUGCAAACAAUUGGAAAAAAGAAUUAGAGAGGCUGAAGAGCGUGAGCAGGUGUACAGGGCAGAAUGUGAAUUGCGGCUGGAAACGGCUCGAUUAGAGGUUGAACGGAAAAGUGAAGAAGCCGCUCAGUUAUUGGAACAGCUCCACGAUGCGAAACUUGAGACGACAAGAAGAAGUCUCUCAAUAGAACGCAACAAUGAAGGAUCAAGUGAAUCCAACCAUCCCUCAGGACAAACCGAAACAAAUGCGGAGGUUGAACAACUCAGAGCACAUGCAGCUGAACUAGACUCAGAGAUGGUUCAUCUUCGUGAGGAAAUACAACAGAUGAGUGUCCUUCGCGAGGAAUUGGAACAACUACGAGCGAAAUGCUCUGAAACUGCUGACGAGUUGGAUAGGAUGCACUGUACUAACUUUGAGUUGAUGACCAAGUCUGAUAAUCUAGCUGCCAGUUUGAAAGCCAAAGAGGAGGAGAAUCAAACGUUACGGGCGAUGUACGAUAGAGCAUCUGAGGAGUUACAGCAGCGGGCUGAAGGAGAAACACGUGAAGAGGAAGUAAGUAUUGCACCGCUAAUUCCUAACCAGAAACUCGUAAUAGGAUUAGUGGGUCCCAAGAAGGGAUAUAUUAAACCUUUCGGUGAACAGGUGCGAAAUCACGUCGACUGGGAUAACACUGAGUUGCAGUUACGAGCGAUGUACGAUAGAGCAUCUGAGGAGUUAUCACAGCAGCGGGCUGAAGGAGAAACACGUGAAGAGGAAGUAAGUAUUGCACCGCUAAUCCCUAACCAGAAACUCGGAUCAAAAACACAGGAAGAAAUGGCAUCCAUUCGCUUAGAACUUAACGGCACACAGGAGCAGAAAGCGAGCCUCGAAAAGGAAUUGGACAAAUUGAAAGCUGACUUAGCCAGUGCAGAAGCUUCUCUUGCUAGCUAUCGCGUAGAUCUGGGCAAAUCCCAUGAAAAGGUUGAAAGGCUUGAGAGCGAUUUGUUCGCUGCACGUUCUGAGUUGGACAAUGCUCGCCUGGGUCUGAAGGAAACAACGGCUGUUAAGAAAGAGUUGGAGCAGCUCCGAGAGGAGCUGGAGCAUGAAAAGUCUUCCGGAAGAGCUAAAUGGGAAGAAGUAUGCAAGAAGUUCCUCGAAAGUGAAGCAAGUUCACCUCAGAGCAGAAAGAACUCGCUUGAAGUCAUCAACAAGGUCCAACAUAUCGAAUACAUGACCGCUUUUGAAGAAAAAAUCAAAUGCCUUGAGAAGGAGUUGCAGGAAGCAAAGGCAAAAAUUGAGCAGGAUAAAGCAGAAAAGAAGAAACUCAAAUUGGCUUUGAAACAGUUGCGAGAUAAGGAAAAAUCAAAAGCUGAGUCCGCUCAUAUUUUGCCGACUGUAAGUGAAGUUCAAGAAACGGUCAUUACCCAAGAAUCAACUCAAAACUCUGCUGAAAAGACCGAUCCUGCAAAUGAAGACAUGGAGAAGCUGAGAAGCAGUGUUAAGGUUGUUGACUCACCUAAUUAA